UACAGGAUUUAGUAAGCAAGAUAUCGACCUCCGUAACAACACAAAAUGGCGGACGAAAUCCCAAUGAUACCGAAAGCAGGAUCUUUAUUGAUUAAUAGUGGGAAUAUUGUAAAUUGGAACCGGUUGAAAAGAAAACCAUCACAGACACCAACAGAUGAGAUCAGUGAAUGUGUAAGUUCAACCCUACAGUCGUUCCUGUCGUCUGCUGAUAAAAAUGAAUUACAGUAUGUAACUGACCUAAGUUGUGUUCAUGAAAAAUAUAAAGAGACCAUUCCUAAAGAUGAUAGAGGGGAUUUAAAACUUACAGUGAAGAUAUUUAUUUGUUCUCUACAACAUGUGUCACCAGAUUCAAUCAAAGAGGCAGUUGAAAAAGCACUGGGAGAGUUGGACGUAGCGUUCAUAGAGACAGCUUUGAUUGCAUUCCCAGAGAUUGAGAAUGAGGACAUCACACUGGAAAUAAUUCAACCAUUUUGGAAAGUUUUAGAGGGUUUAGUCCACAGGGAGCUCGUCUGGGCAAUUGGCAUUGCUGAUUUGGAUAAGAAUUUAUUAGAGGAGCUGUAUGAAUGGGCAGAAGUAAAGCCAGUGAUCAAUCAGGUGAACCUGGAUUCCUGCUGUGUGAUGCCAAAAGACCUUGUAGAAUAUGCCAAACUUAAUGACAUACAGCUCCUCACACACAAUGAUCCUAGAACUGUAUUUUCGUCAGAGACUCUCCAAGGGGUGAUUCGGGAAAACAGUACAGAAAAAGACAGUGAGAACUGGGAUGCAUUAUGGGUACUUCGUUAUUCAGUACUGGUAAAAUGUCGCGGCAUAGUUAAAGCUAAAGGAUACCUGUUGAAAGCCACUAGAGAUAUAAAGAAGCGAAAAUGACCAUUUUAAAAGUAUAACUGUGAUAUUUAUAGAUAAAAGCGUGGGUUAUAUGAAAGGGUCUGGGUUUAUAAAGGUCAGAGACGUAUACGAAGCAAACUGCACUGCUGUAUUAUAAUAAUGUAUGUAUUUUAAAGUUUAGGUCUUUCUAUAAUUUUAAUUAGUGCAUAAUUAAUUCUCUACUGGGUACUGUUAGCCACUAUUAUAUUAUUUUAAAACAAAUUUUAAGGAAUUAUGUAAUUGUGUUAUUACUAAACAUUCAGGUUCGUAUUAACCAGGCUAUAUUUCAUCGAUUUCUGGCAUCCGAGUUAUCAAUUUUCUAUAAACCGAGUGAAAGUCGUAUUAUGCCUCAGAAACAAAUAUAUUUUUACUAAACGGCAAGCAUGAAUUUUAUAAUGGUUUUUCGAAAAUGUAAGAUAAUUGUUUCAUGAAAAGGUAGCGAUAAAUGUAAAACAGUUUGUCAUAAAUGUAGCAAAAUGUAAACAAAGUAGUAUUUUGACUUCCAUACAAAGUACUUAUACACUACACUGUUCUUAUUGCCAAAAAGUAACUGAUGAAAAUGAUGGUUCAGGUAAUUGGCCAACGAGUAACUCUUUGGAUAUUUAAAUAAAAAAUACACCAAAAUUAAAAAUGUUAUGAGAAAUUUAAAAAAAGCAUUUCUGAGGCUUAAUGAACCUUCAAUAAAAAGUGAAGGGUUUCCAUUCGAUACAUUUUGAUUGUAGGUUAUAAUCUUACAAGCUAGACCUGUAGUUAAUCUUAAUAAAACUUUUAAAAUUGUGCCUGUUUGUUUAUUUAUAUAUUUUUUGAUACAGAAAAAGGCCGGAAAUACCGGAAAAAUCCAUUUCAGAAGUUUCAUUCACACAUAAUUGAACAUUUUUUUUGACAGGACCAGAAGCAAAAUGUGAUCAAAAAAUCCCAGGUUCAUGACGUCAUUGUUAAUAAAAUAUUAAUAAAAUUAUAUCAUUUCUUCUCAGUUAUUCUCAACUUACUGACCUCACACCUAGAUACAUGUAAAUGCUUAAUGUUGUCAGCAAUGCUGUUGUUAAAAUAAUAUAUUGUAAAAUUUUAUUUACAAUUUUACUUAGUUAGUUAUACAGAUUGUAAGCAGAUUUUACUCGUUAUUGUUUAUAGUUUUUAGCUCAACUAUUGGAUGAAUAGGGAGAGCUGUUGUACUCGCCCUGACAUUGGUGUCACACUUUGGUUAAGUUUGUUGUGUGCAAGUUCGAAUGGGUGUAAACUUCACACACUUUUUGAGAGCAUAAAAGGACAUCACUGUCCAUUACUUUAACAUGGGUUUUGACAAAAAAAUUCCCCUUGUAAAAAAAAUCCAAUUGUGAACUUAAAAAAAUCUUAAAUUAUCCAGGCUCUUGUUUUACUAUCAAGCACUGAGAAAAGUUGAGUACACUGUCCUACCGACAGCUCUUCUUUUUUACUUGAUGCACUUGUUUUUAGUAUAAGUAAAAUUUAUCUGGUAUUUCUUUCAGGAUUAAAAGAUUCAUUUGUAUUUCUUAUUUAUUUCGUGAAAUUUCAUUCUAUACCAUCUUACUUAAGAUUGUUUAUGCAUGUGGACAAAUAUACAAAGUUGAUAAAAAUCAUUUCAGAAAUGACCAUAAAUUUUGUUACCUUUUGUAAAAUAACCUUUUUACCCCAUGAUGUAAAUGAAUUUUAGCUGUUAAAUUGAUAUCCCAAAUGAUAACUGUUAUACAAUCAUCUGUUUUCAAAUCAUGUGAUUGAAUAAGUAAUUUAUUUCUAAUGGUAUUCUUUAACUUGUUUUAUUAAUGAUUAAUAUUUGAAAUAAAAAAAAUCGUUUUGAUUUUAGAUACAUUUUGUACACUUAUUUAACCAGCAAUAACCAAAAUUGAUAAGCCUUAUUGCAACCAGUAUAGAGCCAAGCCAGGCCUACCUUAGUGCAGUAAUGGAGUAAGUCCUACCACGGAUUUAUAUUACAAAUCCGUGGUCCUACUAAAUCCAUAAGGAGUUAAUCAGUUAUUGCACUAAGGUGAUAAUCUGUUUAAUCUGAUCAGGCUUUAUACUGUUUCUGGACAACAGCUGAUGGCAGAUACAUGUAUCUUAAAUUUUCAUCAAAAUCCACCAAAAAAGAUAAUGAAAAGUUCUAAAAUAGAUUUUUAAUGGUUAAUAAAUGCAAUUUGGAUAAGUCCAUUUAACUUAUUUAGCAGGUUCAAGGUUUUGUAUAGUGGUCAUAUUAAUUUUUCUAUUUUUUAGUUUUGUUUUGUUCUAGAAACAUAAUUAUGUAUAAAAAAAAUCUUAGAGAAAUAUGUACAGCCCAUUAUAUGAUUUUAGGGAUAAUUUUCCUCCUUUAUUUAAGUGACAUUAUGCCCAUCCAAGGGUAUAUAGUAAAUAAACAGGUGAAAGUCAAAAUAAGUUUACAUUUUGACAUAAUUUUAUAAUUUACUUUGCAGGAAGGAUAAAUAAAAUCAGAUGAUCAAAAAAAAAUUCUGUAAAUUCACCGAAAUUUACCUUUAAUGUUAAUUUUAUAAAAAAUAUGGCUAUAAUCUUUUAUAUAUAUAUAUAUAUAAGAUAGAUUUAUGUUUAAUCUUAAAACAUUUUCCAAUAUCAACUGUUGGUCAAUCACCAUUAUAACAGUCAAUCUUUUGAAAUAUAUAGUCAAUUCAACUCAACUUGACUAUGAAAAAAAUGGGCAUAAUGUCACUUUAAAUUUUGUUACUUCUGAAUUGUAUUUGCAAUAAACAUAUACAGCUAUAAAGGAACUA